AAUGAUUAAUUAAUUUAACAUUAUUUUUAAUAUUGUUAAUACUUUUCCGAAAGAAGAUGGUGCAAGUGCAAUUUAUGAAAGCAUAAGUCAUCCCUUUCUCUGCUCUUGGGCUCUUACUCCGGUCUUCUUCUUUUCCUAGUAUCGCACUGCAUUGAGGCAUAUUAGCAGGAAAGGGAAGGGUGGUAUUCAUUUGGGUCUGAAUCUGGAUAUGUGAACCGAUGGAAAACUGGUGAAUGAGUGUUUAAGUUGUGCUUCUGAAUGAAGGGUUAUUGAAAGCAGCAACCAAACAACAAAAAAAAAAAAAGGCCCAUUAUUUUCCUGCAUUCGGACGCACUUCUGGGGUUGAAAGAAAUGAGAACUGGUAGAUGAAGCAGCAUUAGGAAGAAUAAAGCAGUUACCGUUAGCUACGGUAGAAGCACAACAUGGACAACAGAAAAGUUGUAGUCUGCGAUAAUGGCACCGGGUAUGUGAAAUGUGGGUUUGCUGGAGAAAACUUCCCCACGUCAGUGUUUCCUUGUGUGGUUGGAAGGCCUAUGCUGCGGUAUGAAGAAUCACUCAUGGAACAGGAACUCAAGGAUAUUGUUGUUGGAGAAGGUUGUGCAGAACUGCGACAUCAACUAGAUAUAUCUUAUCCUGUUAACAAUGGUAUUGUGCAAAACUGGGAUGACAUGGGUCAUGUGUGGGACCAUGCAUUUUUCAAUGAACUAAAAAUUGAUCCAACAGAAUGUAAGAUUUUACUCACGGACCCACCUCUCAAUCCUUCAAAGAACCGAGAAAAAAUGGUUGAGACAAUGUUUGAGAAAUACAAUUUUGCGGGUGUGUUCAUACAAAUCCAAGCUGUUUUGACAUUGUAUGCUCAAGGUUUGUUGACUGGAUUAGUUAUCGACUCUGGUGAUGGUGUAACUCAUGUGGUUCCAGUUGUUGAUGGCUACUCAUUCCCUCAUCUUACAAAGCGAAUGAAUGUAGCUGGUCGGCAUAUAACCUCAUAUCUUGUUGAUUUGCUUUCUCGGAGAGGGUAUGCAAUGAAUAGGACAGCUGAUUUUGAGACUGUAAGGGAAAUCAAGGAGAAGCUCUGCUAUAUUAGUUAUGAUUACAAGAGGGAGUAUCAAUUGGGACUUGAGACCACUAUCCUUGUGAAGAAUUACACUCUGCCAGAUGGAAGGGUCAUUAAAGUUGGCACUGAACGAUUCCAGGCUCCUGAGGCUCUUUUUACUCCAGAACUCAUAGAUGUUGAAGGUGAUGGAAUGGCUGAUAUGGUGUUUCGUUGCAUUCAAGAAAUGGAUAUUGACAAUCGGAUGAUGCUUUACCAGCAUAUAGUUUUAAGUGGAGGGAGCACAAUGUAUCCUGGACUACCUAGUCGAUUGGAGAAAGAGAUACUGGAUCGCUAUCUUGACGUUGUUUUGAAGGGCAACAAAGAUGGUUUGAAGAAAUUGAGACUGCGCAUCGAAGAUCCACCUCGUAGAAAGCACAUGGUUUAUCUAGGUGGUGCAGUACUUGCUGGAAUUAUGAAGGAUGCACCUGAGUUCUGGAUUAGCAGGGAAGAUUAUCUAGAAGAAGGAGUUGCUUGUCUAAGCAAGUGUGGCCAGGCAUAAAUUCUACAUAGGUUGUCUUCCACUUGGUUGUUUCAACUGUAACUUUCAAGCACAAGCGUGAGGGGCAAAGUUACGGAGAUAUCUACCAUCGUUUUAGUUUAUGAGGACACUGGUGGAUGUUUAUGAUGCUAGUUGAAAAAUGCGACAAAAGUGGAAAUUAUACUAUAUAUUCCUUAUUGAAAUUAUGUUAUUAGGGCAUAGUGAGGUUUCCAACUUUCAGUUUGAUUUUAUGAGUGGUGUUUAUAUUGACACAUUUAUAGACAUAUGAAUAGAUAUACAUAAAAUGUCAUUCAUAUUGAAAUACGUAUAUAUAUGAAAGCUGUUUUCUUGUCA